AUGACAAGUAGUUCAGACUCUCCAGGUUCUCACUUGCCCCCCAAAACAAGAAGUUCUAACAUAGACUGCAACUUCUUGAAGGAAUUGAAUGAGGACUUAAAACUAAGAAAACUGGAACUUCUAGAGCUGCUAACACCUCUUGAAGAUAACAACAACCCCUUAAUCCAAAAGUUAAUGUCUAACUUGGAGGAAAAACAAAGAAGUCUGCAGAUUAUGAGACAGAUCAUGGCAGGGAAGGGGAGUGAAGAAUCCUCAUCCCUGGAGAUCAUUCAGGAAGCAGAGGACAUGAAGCAGAAUCUAGAAAGGAAAAACAAGAUGCUUUGGAAAGAAAUGGAGAUGCUAUGGAACAAGGCAUUCAACACAGAAGAAUUCAGUGAUCAACAGAAAGCAUCACAGAUAAAAAACAAAGCAAACUUGCAGGAUGGAAAGCUCUCUUUUUCCACCCAGGCUCCUGAAACCCCCUCAUCACCUCAGAAGAUCAAGAAUGAAUUGGAAAUAACAAAUGCAGAGGAAGUGAAGGAGAUAAGGAAGGAAAAGCAACAGAGGAAAAUAGAAUGGGUGAGGUACCAGGAACAAGCCAACAACCUUCAGAAUGACUUUAAUGGAAAAGUGAUUGAGCUCAGAAUUGAAGCCUUGAAGAACUACCAGAAGGCCAAUGAUCUGAAAUUAUCACUAUACUUACAGCAGAAUUUUGAGCCAAAGCAAGCAUUUUUAUAA